CAAACAAACAAGAUGGCCGAGAGUGCAGACGCUCCACGUCAAGUUCUUCGCGACGAAAACGAAGACAAAGAAAAUAUGUCAUCUUUUGAGCCACAAGUCAAGAAACAAAAGUUGUCAGACCACUGUUUAUCUAUAGGUUACAAGCUGGAAGAUCGUCUCAGCGGCAUCCUGUGCUGUGCUGUAUGUUUGGAUCUGCCCAGGACUUGCUACCAGUGCACAAAUGGACAUCUAAUGUGCGCAGGAUGCUUCAACCAUCUCCUAGCUGAUGCACGUCUUAAAGAUGAAACAGCAACUUGCCCCAACUGCCGAUGUGAAAUCUCCAAGAAUCUCUGCACAAGAAAUCUUGCUGUUGAGAAAGCUGCAUCAGAACUUCCCACAGAAUGCCAGUACUGCAACCAGAAGCUGCCUCGUAACAUCCUUGAUCAUCAUGAGAGGGAAUUGUGUGCGGAAAGACCCACUGCUUGCAAAUAUGCCAAGAUUGGGUGCCCGUGGCUAGGUCCCUACCAUGAGGGGAGGGAGCAUGAGACAUCGUGUGCCCAUCCAAAGAAGAGUGGGAGUGAGGUUCUCGAGGCGCUCAAAGUCCUGGACCUGAAACAGCUGGAAGAAAAACAGCUCUACAGUACAAUAUUCUCACUGUUGUCACUGGAGAAGAUCACUUUCAACGACUUGCAGUUGAAACCCUACAGAACAGAUGACUUCAUCACCAAGUUGUUCUAUGAGACAAGCCGCUUUUCAGCUUUCAACCAGCAGUGGGUAAUCAAAGCUCAUGUCAACAGUGACCACAAAAACCCAACUCAGGCAUGUCAGCACAAGCUUGUGUACCAGCUCGUUCUGAAGAGCCGCAUCAGCAACCCCUUGCGUCUCCACUUCUUGGCCUUGAAAGGACCGUAUGGUGACAUGAAGGUUAACCCAGCCAUAUAUGAGCAUGAGUUCACAAGCGACAGCACGGAGACUGAAGUGAAGCACUUUCCUAUCACAGACUCUACUGAAUGCAACAAACUCCUGGCCACCAGGACCAUAAAUUUCAGGAUCAUCAUGUUCCAAGUCUCCUAGAACCAAGCUCAUCCCUUUUUUGCCAUUGUGUUUUCUCUUGUACUUCACUUCAGUCAUAAUUGCUAAGUAGAUAACCAGUUUGGUGAGUGGCUGCCUCACACUGACAUUUGAUGGAGGACAAGUGUGUGCUGGCUUCACACUGCAACAGAUAGUUAUGGAACUUGGAAUUGGGUAUGGAUUUGUUCAGAGACGGUUGCUGACCGACUACUCUAAUGUGUUCUUUAGGGUUUGUGAGAAUGUACAACUGUCAUUGUGAGAAGGCCUGAAUUGUCUUGACUGAUACUUAUUGUCAAGAUCUUUUGAAGAUAAGACCCAAGUGACUUCAAUUUUAAAUUCAGUAGUAUAAAAUUUUAGAUAAAAUUGUGCAAAUUGAUUUAUUCCAAAAAGCCUGUCUUUUUAAGAUUAGUUUGUCAACUUUCCUGUUGGUAACUACAUUUGGUAAUGCUUCAUGCUUCCUUGGGUAGUCCCUGGGUUUAUCUUUGGAGGAUCUUGCAAUUGGUUACAACUGAACAUGGAGGUUGAGAUUUAUUCAUACUUAACUGACAAGUAUUUUGUAGCAUUUGUCUCUGUAGUCUUAGCUGUAGCAUUAUUUAGAUUUUAUACCUACUUGCUUAUCACAGGUGAACUGUGAAUGUUUAAAACAUCAUGGUUUUUAUCAGUAUUUUAUAUUUGUGCUUGUUGAUACAUUGUUAAUUACUUGAUAUCAAUUUCAUUUUACUUUCAUUCUAUUUGUUAAGUGAUGUAAAAAAAUAAAUUCUUUAUUUUAUUUAUGAGUAUCAGAAAUGCAACUGUAGCAAGAUAUAAGUGGACAGGUAACUUUAUCCAGUGGAAACUACAAUAUUCUAACAGUGAAAAUGUGAGAUUUUAUUUAUGGUGAUUGUCUCUCUUCAACUUUAUUCAAACGUCUGCCUUGUUUCUUAUGUACCAGUACAUGGGGACAUUGACUCAGUUUAAUGUUAUUUCUCAUAGAUAAGGAAAUAGUCAUUUUCAAUAUACUCAAUAAAGUGCACACACAUUGUUGCUUAUUGCUAUCCUAGUCAUUUUCAACAUGUCUUUUUUCUGUAGGUAUUGAAGUUGUAUAUCAGAACACACCAGUGUGGUAUUAACUUACUAUGGUCAGUGGUUGGGUGUACCAGUAGUUGGAUAGCUAUUAAUUAUUUAUAAGAGACAGGAAUUAGGAUUUGUGUCCAUUUUUCUUCUUUAAUUCAAAAUGCUUCUCCUUUUAAAUUUAUUCUACAAAUAAUGGCACAUUGUUUAUUUUUGUACUUUUUUAAGGUGGCAAGACAUAUGUGUUGUGUAAUCUCAGAGUAGGUAAAUAUUGCAUUGUUUUGGAUGCAAAAUUGUUUCUCUGUACACGCAUAAUCACUUGUGCAUGGGUUGUAGCAUUCUCUUCCCACAGAGGUUACUCCUGUCAUAUCUUCCCACGUAGGAAGAUAUGACAGGAGUAACCUCUGUGGGAAGAGAAUGGGGUUGUGGCAAAAGUUUGAUUUUAAAGGACUGAUGCAAACCAAUUGAAUUGUUAUAAAACCGAAUACAAUAAAAUCACCAAUGUUACAAAAGUUAUUACAAGAAAUUGCAUUUAAUUGUUACUGGUUUCUUUCUUUUUGGCACUUUGGUUAUGGGUAAUGUCACUUCAGCAUUAAACUGGUUUUCUGAUUCUUAAGGACAUGUUUGUCAUGGACGUCAUUGACAAAAGUACCUCAGAUAUUCUGCUCAUGGACGGUGGAAACAUGAAUAUGGGCAUUCUUCUAAGUGUCUGUACAUAACAUUGUCUUCGUCAUUGACAUUGUAAAUAUGUUUGUUAUGAAGAUGUUCCGGAGUAUGUGGAACAUACGUCCGUGGAGUCAGUUGUAGGCACAGUAAUGUUUAAAGCAAGCAAGUCAGUGAAUUUGUAAUAACACCUGGUGCUAGUGAUUGAGACAUUAUUCAAAGUACAUUGUUUAUGGUAGCAUACAAGUUAAGUGUCGUGGUGGUGUAUUAAUGAAAUACUGUAUUCAUGAUGUAACAUAUGUUAUUCAUGAUAUUGUCAUAAUUUGUAUUUGGGUACAGUAUGUAAUGUAUGAUAUGCUGCUGUGAAUGUUAUUUCUCGUAUUGGAUUUAUAUUGAAAUUAUUCUGCUCUGUAGACAAACUUUAUGAAAGUAUCACUUUUGUUUCCUGGCAAUAUUUGCAUCUAUUUUCAAAUUAUGGUAAUUGGAUAUUUUCUGAAAAUAUAUUUCAGUUAAUUUUAAGUAAAUAGCAUUUACCAUAUAUGAUCGUACUAUGGAACAAUGAUCAGUUUCUUACCAGGUAUUAGGUAAACACAUUGUCAAGGGAAGUUUGAAACUGUAAAUUCUCAUUAAAAAUCAGAUCUUGGUGCUGCUUUGUAGUAAUAGGAAGCACUACGAUUUGACUUAAUGAGAUUCAUCAUUUGUCAGGGAUUUUACCAAACUCAAUAUUAAUUUGGAUAGCGAAAUUUGCUCAUAUUGUUUACAACACUGACUUAAUUGCUCAGAAAGCUUAAAUACAGAUCCAAUAAUACAACUGUUAUUGUAUCUUUGACAAUAGUUUUGAAGAAAACAUGUUGAUUAUAAUAGUAAUUUAAGAUGAAAACAAUGGGGCCUUUUGUAAUAUAUAUAUUAUUGUAAAUUCAGAUGUUAUUUAAUUAUUGUAUUCAGUCAAUUCCAUAUUGUGAUAUUAUCACAUUUACUAUUUAAUACCUGUAGUAUGUAGAUAUAUAACAGUAAACACUGGACUCUACUUCCAAAAUUGUUAAAUUUUUGGCUUUUACACAUGUUAAAGGUUAUAAGAUUCCAUGAGGGAUUAUGAUAAUCACAUUGUUUUAGAGUUAUUUAUGAUGUAAAUAUAAUGUUAAUUUCAGUGUUUGAUACAUUUAUGUGAUAUUUUAUAUUCUCAUGUAUCAUACUUCAUUAAUCUGUGAAGAGUUAUCUUCCUUUGAUAAGCCAUACACUUCUGACACACCUCUCAAUAAUUACAUUAAGCAGAAACUGGAGUUAGAUGCUAUGCACUACAUAUAACAGAUAGUAACAUGUUAGGCCAUUCUUCUUGUUACUUGCAGAUCAUGAACUAGUCAGUAGAUUUGUGCAUGUCAUGAUUAUUCUAGAUCUACUUUCAUCAGACUUUAUAUGAUUUUACAGUCUUUACAAUCCUCAAUACAAUUUUCACACAGUUCAAUCAGAAUACAUGCAACUCGUAUAAAUUGUGUUUCACUGCGUUAUGUUUGCUUAAUAUCCAAGUAAUUUAAAAGUUUGGCUAACAGUUUGAUCUUUGUUUUGUCAGAUUUAUCAGAGCACUUGUCCAGAACUAUAUAUUAUAUUUCAUGUUCUUUUUUUCAAGUCAUGAAAAGGAAAAUGUAUUUCAGAAAUCACAUACCUGCAAUGGUUUUAGAUACACGGGUCAUGAUAACACCUGUAAUGGUGGAUACCGGGGACACAUGUAGGGCCAUCUGCAAGCUUUGUCUUUCUUGUUUUAGAGUUUUUAGCACAAAAUAGUUUAAUUUAUCCUAGAAGGAGAGGCAUGGAGUUUGCUGGUAAGGGCUGCUGCAAGUUUUGUUGAUACUCAUAUGUAAGUGAUAAGUGAAUCGAUACAAGUGAAAAUGAUCUCAAGAUUUUGUGGUUUAGACAGAACGGAGGUUUUACAUCUGAAACGAAGACCAAAUUGUUUUUGUGUUAAUGUCAUGCAGUGAUGCCUUCUCUUGUCAAUUCUUGCUCUUCCUCAGUCAGAAUAAAGAUUUUUUUCAGUUAUGUCUCUA